CCGACAGUCUGGACGCGUCUGGGUAAGCAAGGUUGCAGUGGAUCUAACUAGUCCUGCCGAUCUUGCUUUAUGCCUCCUUCUACAAUAACGGAACGACGACAGCUUCGAUGAGCGCUUUAGACUUACGGUCCAUAUUCUGGGGCAAUUUGCUUCUGCUGGGCUUGCAGCCAGUACACUACCCAGGGGUUACCCUACAUCGAGAUAUGUUUGCGGGACACACGGGUGCCAGUAAAUCAAUGGAGGUUGUGCUGAGGUUUCUUUUCGGCACACUAGACCCGGUCUUAUCAAAAGAGCGGUUCGCCAAAUGCUGGCCUAUUGUGGACCGAGGGCAAGGGCGAGAAUUUCGGAAUGUUGCAGUCAAGUGGCUAGAAUUUCUGAAGAAGGAGGGGCAUAUCCCAUCAGACGUUUUGGUCCGACGGUCCUAUUUUGAUGAAUGCAGAGGGGAAAGAUUUGAGCGAGUGCUACUUGCUCUUUCGCAUUAUGUGCUGAAAGUAAGCUUCGAACGCUCUUGUGGGUCCAAUCAAAAUGUAUCCUUGAGUCGUCCACAGGGUGGGAAACGAGAUUCUUUGAUGGAGGAACUACGGAUGAAAGCGCUGAAGGUGCGGAUUACAGCUGUAGCACAUGACUUCUUGGCUGAGGAAAAGACCCGAACAGACUUGCAAACGCAGUGGAAGUCGUAUGCAGAGCAACUUACUAAUGACUAUCAAGACCUGGUCUGUCGGAAGAAAGACGCUCAUUUGACUCGCAGCCGGCUGCAAGAAGAGCUUCAGACUGCCUUUGAUUCCUCCAAAUUGGAAGAUGCCCUCUCCCAGCGUGCGAACACUACUAGUCGUAUUUCGGCCGGAUGGACUACGGUAAUUGACUGGAUGAAAGAGAACCGGCGGAAUAUGGAUAUGACGGAGGACAUUCUGAAGGGGCAUACUAGUGACUGCGUCUUAGAGAACACAUCCAUGUGCUUUGAGCUUCCAUCUGGUUUGCAGAAUGGGGAUGGACGCGUCACAACGCGACCUUAUGUUGAUGGUAGACUGGACCUAACUGCUAUCACGAGACUCUGGAGCAUUGCCCAGUUUGAAUUGUUGAAAACCCUUCAAGGAUCAGUUCUCAACCCAACAUCUGAAUGUGACCAGAGACCCUCAUCGAUAGCAUGUUCGGAAACGCCGGAUCUGGUAGCGGAUCAGCUCUGCAAGCAAGAGACACUACUUGCCAGAAUAAGGACACUAAAGAGUGAUAUGCAGACACAGCUGGUGGACAUACGAGCAAGUAUCGCUGCGAACCGUUCUGGCGUUCGCUCCAAGUAUGAUGAUACACCCCCGAAACAAAAUCGAGAGGAGACGUCAGAUACAAUUUUGAACGAGAAUCCAGGACCGGACAUGGACAUCAGCACACCAACUGUCGUUAAAAUUGUUAGCGAGCUUCCUACUCCGGAGGCUGUGGCGGCAAUAAAUGAUAUGGUGCGAUCUGAGGUCACCGGCGCUAUGGAUGCCGCCGCUUCUGCGUCCAUAGCUGCUUCGACCAGAGCCAUGCGAGAGCGCCUAGUCGCAGCGGCUUCCUCUAGAAUGGGCAUUAUAGACUUUGAUUCUUCACACCAAGUCUCAUCCAACAAAGACAUCAAAGUCACACCGCCGGCGACACCUAAAGGUCAUGGCCGGUCAUCCAGGCUCCUGGCACCCACAGUUUCAUCAGCAGCAAAGUGCAGGACUAGGCCACCUUCUAAGGCAUCGGAGCCUUGCUUGGGCUCUCCUUCUCGCACCACGUUGCAGAGGAAAAUAAAGGAGAAAACAACCAACAGCAGCAAGAAGAGAGUACCUGAUAAGCAAGGUGCAUCCGCUAGCCAGAACGUCAGUCUCGUUAAGUCACGGACCAGCAAUUCCCCUCGUCGCUCCAGCUUUACACGGACAUCCACCGCACAUUCCCAGCGAGAACCAACUGUCGCAUACGAUUUGCUUUGCGAACAGAUUGUCAACUUCGUUCACACUGAAAUCGGCCCCGUCCCUCAAGUUCCCUCUGCGCCCGCUGGCUCCAGCAUAUCGCCUGGUAGGGUUGAUCAAUUAAACUUCUCCGAUACGCAUACAGGGUUGUUUCAAGACGAUCUGAACGAGAUGACUGAACCACCUGAGAACAUCGCGGAUCCCAUAGCUGCGCUAGGAAAUCAGGGGUUCCAUCCUCAGAAAGAGAUUGCCCGAACUCCAGAGAAGUCUCAAAACCAGACCUUGGCCUCCAACAGCGUUCGUGGGUCAGCAACAAGCGCUAGACAUACAUCCUCUCGUGUCAACGCGUACAGACCCAAGACACCCAGUAAAUUAUCCCAGAUUGUUACAUUUGACUCCAGCUCCGAUUCACUGUUGACAGAUGAUAAUGAUCAAAGCGACAAAGAGAACCUGGAGCGAAGUCCAGACAGUAAAUCCCCGCGUACCCGCCAUCGGAAGUCAUUAUUGACUUCGGAAAAAAAUAAUUCAUAUGGAAGAAUGGGGAAAAGUCCCAACUCGCAACGCAAGAAACCCAAGCAAGGAUUGCUGCAGAUGUUACACACUCCAAAACGCAUCGCUUUACGAAAUUCCAAAACCCCUGUCAACCGACAAAGCCGUAGUCGUACGGAGAGUCCGUCAUCGCCGGCGAUUGACUUUGGAGAAGUUGACGAUUGGCUAGAUGAAGAAAUACCGGACUUUCUCCUUGAUGCUGAUGACGAGCUGCACGGGACUGAAGAAGAUGAUCCCAAUUUUGGUCCCAUAAAGGUCGCGUUGCUACCACGACGCGGGAGUAACAUCUCUUUCCAUAGAGGGGGUAUAGAGGAUGACGACAAGGAUCAGGAACUUGAAAACAUGUUUGACAAGCUCCGACAGUUGAAGCUGAAGACAGCGGCGGCAAAGUAGCGUGACCAAUAUUUUGGCCACCUUGUAAUAUAUUGGCUCUGCAGUAGAGCAAAAGUAAUGGCUAACACUUGUCGAUUCC